AUGACCAGCUUCUUUGGAUCCAUGCUCAUCGUUGGCCACCCGCCGUUCCUCGCCACGAUGUUCGCCGGAAGUCAUGUUAACAUUGGAGGGCCGCGCGACGACGACGUAAUCCAAGCCUUCCUGCCAGUCCGGCGGGAUCGUGACAAUACCGAUCUCGACCGUUGCCGCGCCCGAGAUGCGUUCUGUGCGGAGGAGGAAGGGAAAGUGAUCCCCGAGCUCCGCGCCGAGCAAGAGUGUCCGGCCCGCCAUGAGUGGAACCCAGCGAAUCCCAAACGCUUCGAUAACAACCCCUAA